UUUUAUAAUUUCUUGUUGAGUUUCUAGUUUCCAUUUUCAGCACACCAGCGUCCAGCAGUGGCAUUUACCAGUUCACCACGUACUACUAUGACACUAUGUAGACUGUUACUUGUUAGGCUGAAUAGGCUGAUGGACUAUUAGGCUAUCUUAGUCCAUAGUUUUCAGUUUUUCCUGUGAUUGAGUGUUUUAAUGUUUUCAUUUUUUCAGUCUUCACCAUAAGUACCAUUCAUCUAAUUAAUUUCUUCGUUUAUCUAUCACCACCUUUGGUCGUCGUUUUUGGUUCCGUUCGAAAUUGUCAAAAACUAGCGACCGCACCGUAAAAGUGACCGCGUAAUAUUGUAAGUACUCUAUUAAUAUUACAAAGUGUAAGUGUCAUAAUAACUUAUUAGUUAUUUUCCCGUGUUUGACGGUUUCGUCCCCGGAGCUUUUUCGACAUCGUACUGUGGUAACGAGAAAUUAUUAUUGUUACCUAUAAGCACCAAUUAUUAUCAAACAUGGCUAUGAAGAGGACCAUUGACUUUCAUCUGAACGAUCAGCGGAAAAAAGCCAAUCUAUAUAAAGCGAUCAAAAACGAUUUGGGCAAUGACUCUAGUACCGAUGAGGAGUCAAUGAGCUUAUCGCCUACUAACUUAUUUCCUCUCAGUCAUUAUGCAAAUGACCCUGAACAGUUAAUACAACAAUUAUUUUCUGUUGUACGCGGUAAACGGCUUGCUCGACUUAUACCACCAGAACUUAAGGAUCUGACAUUUGAAGAGUUGAAAACAGAUUGUUUAAUUCAGUUAUUGUGCAUGUCAAAGAAGCGAGUGUUGGCUACAUUGGAAGGCAAAGAAAUGAAUUCUUCAUCAGAUUCUGAUGAUUCUGUUGAUGAAAAUAAGAAACAAAAUAUAUUAGAAGCAGAAAAAAAAAAUGAAAUUGGUCAAAAGAGACAUCACAAAGAAAAACGCAUAAAAUCAUCAAAAAAGAAAAAAAAUGAAACAGAUAGUGAAAUUAAACAAGAAAAAUCAAAAGAAAAAGAAGGAAAAACAUUAUUAGAAAUUUUAGAAUUAGAAAUGAAAGCAAAGGCUAUACGUGCUCUACUUAAGCCUAAUCAAAAAGAUAACAACACACAAAUUGAAGAAGCAAUUAAAAAUGAAAUAAUUAAAGAAAAAAUUGAAGAAAAAACUGAUGACAACAAGAGCUGGAGUGAACGUUAUGAACAAAGAGAAGAUGUUAAAGAUGUAGUUAAGACUAGCAAGUUGUGUACGAAUAUGAGACGCCGCAUGCUUUUACACCAACAAAAAAUGUUGGCAGAUAGAGCCAAAUUGAAAGCUGCAGAAGCUGAAAGAACUAAAUCUGGAGAACCAAUAAAAUCAAAUUUGGAAGAAAAAUUACAAAAUAACCAUUCUAAAAAUGACGAAGAGAAAUCAAAUGUUACUACACUAGAGAAAACCCUCAAUAAAACUGUUAAAGAGCCUUUAACAGGUGAUUACGAUACCACUCAGAACACCGAUAUUAAACUCCAAGACAUAAACAAAUUACAUGAGGAUGACAUAAGUAAAAUAAACAGAAACACUACCAGUUCAAAUGAACGUAACAGCACAAAUAACAAUCAAGAAUCGACUGACGACGAUUCACAAAAAAGUACAGAUUUUGAAAAAGUAUUGAGUGAGUACACACAGAAGAAUACAGAUUUAGAAAUAACUAUUAACGAGUAUUCUAAAAAAAACACUAAUUUGGAGGAAGAAAUAAAUAAAUGUUCAAAGAGAAAUGAUGACAUGGAAAACACUAUGAAUAAAUGUGCACAGAAAAAUUCUGAUAUUGAAUCAGCUAUAAAUAAUUACUCAAUGGAAAACAAUGGUAUUGAUAAAAGUUUUGUUAAGGAUGAUGAAAAAUAUAGUGAGGUGGAAACUGCAAUUGGGAAAUAUUCUCAAACAAAUACAGACCUUGAUUCCAUGAUCAAUCAAUGUUCAAAAAAGAAUGUAGACCUUAAUGCUUUAGUUAAAGAAUAUGCAAAAAGGAAUUCUGAUAUAAUGACACUGAUUAGUGAAUAUUCCCAAAAUAAUGUUGAUAUUCAAUCGGUUAUUGGUGAAUAUGCUAAAGGAAAUCUCAAAUUAGAGACAAUAAUUGAUGAGUAUUCACAUACAAAUGCCAAAAUCAAGACUAUGGUUGAUGAAUAUUCAGUAAAUAAUAGUAAUGUAGAAAAAAUUAUUGAUAAAAAUAAUCGAAAACAGUUAUUAGUUGAUAAAUAUAAUGUGGAAUCAGCAGCUGGAAAAGCUGUGGAUGCAGAUUGUACAAAAAAAGUUGAAAUUUCUGGUGUUAUUUGUGAAUCCCCAAACUCAGACAAUAGAGAAACUAAUAUUGAAUCAACUCAUAAAUUAGUUGAUAAAUCAGCCAGUGAAGAAGAUAAAAGAGAUUUAGGAAAUUAAGUUUUCUGUUUAGAAAAGUUGAAGUUUUUGACAUAAAAUAGAUACUCAUUAACUAAAUAAUAAUUUAACACUAGUUUAAAAAUAAAAUUGUUAUGACGAACAUGAUUUUGACUGGAGCUAAACUAUUAACAAUAAAACGUUAUAGUUUCUAUCAUAAAUAGGCGCUAGAAAAUUUAUCAGUUACAAUAGAACAAAAAUUAAUCAUACUCUGGUGUAAACCUUCAAAUAUAAAAUUAAUAAUUAAUUGCCCAUUCACUUAAAAUAACAGUAUGUUUGAAUAUUAAAACUUUAAAAUAAAUAAACCUUACAUUUAAUAACAAAAGUUGCAGUUCAAUAUGUGAUAAAGUAU